AUGAGAAAAGAGGUGGAAACGAUCACUCAGCGCUGGACUGAAGAAGUUAAAAGAAAGGAAAAGAUGUUGAUUGAUGUCGAAGAAGAGCACAAGCUCAAGACUGCUGAAGUUCUUUCUUUAACAAGAAAAUUAGAAAAUUGCAAUAUGGAGCUUGCUGAUUUUAAAUCCUUAAAAGAUCGAAUGGAAAAGCAAAUCGAUCAGCUAAAACUUGAAAACAAGACUUUGAAAAAUAAUAAUGAAGGAUAUCUCAAUAUUAUUGAACAACAAAACAAGACCAUCAAUAGAAUUAACAAUUCAAUUAAAGAGAAGGAGAAUGAUAUUGACCAAAAGGAAAAUGAGCGUCAAAGCAUUUACUCUGAAUUAAUGUCUCUCAAAAGAACCUCUUCAGAAAAGGAUAUUGUUAUGAAUGAACGACAAACAGAGCUCAACAUUCUUAAAAAGAAACUGGAACAAAAAGAGGAAGAGACAUUGAGACUUCACACACAACUCGAUCAGGAACGUGAAAAGAUCAGAAUUCUUCAAGAAGAAAAAGCAGAGACGAGAAAUCAAUUCCAAAGGGAAAAAGAAGAAAAAGAUUUACUCGAGCAUCAAACAAAAUUGUUAGAAAACAAAUUAGGAGCACUCGAUAGUGGAGCUAAAGAAGCAAUUCUUGAAAAUGAUCAACUCAAAAAAGAGAAUGAUGAGUAUAGACAGAAACUUCAAACCUAUACACAAGAAAUUGAUAGGUUAAACAAACAAUUAAUUGAAUUCAUUACUAAAAAUUCAGAUAAUGAACGAGAAGUUAAACAAAAACUGCAGGAACUCGAUGACAGAUCAUUUACCAUCCAGUCUAAAGAGAAAGAAAUUCAACGAUUGAAUGAAUGCCUUUCUGGCAAGGAUGUUGAAAUUUCUAAAUUGACACAAGAAUAUCAAGACAUUCAAACCAAGACCAAUUCUCUCAAUACUCAAAUUCAGAGUUUGACCAUCGACCUCAAUGACUCUAUGGAAGAAUGUGAAAGAUUGAGACAAUAUUUAGUACAAGAGAAAAGCUUUAUCAUUGAAUCGGAUCCAACGUUAAAGCUCGUUCUCAUGAUGAAACAAGAAGGUUUCACAAUCGAUGACAAUUUCAUUGAUCGAGUGAGAGGAAAAUCCAUUUUCAAUCUUUUGAGAGCCGGCAUUGGAAUUGGAAAAGAUAAAUCCGAUAUCGAACGUAGAAACGAAGAAACAAUUUUUGCAGAAAAAGCAUUAUCGAACUGGCUUACACAAUUAUUGCCCAACGAUUACAAACCUGAACAAUCACUUUAUGAAAACAUUUCAGAUGGAGUCAUGCUUUGCAAAAUGAUUGACACAAUAUUUAAGGAAGUUCAACCAUGCGAUCAUAUCAAAUGUGAUCCUUCGUUAUUGCGAAAUCGAAGAAAUGAUUCAGAUAAUAUUUCAGUUUAUUUGGACUAUUGUAAAAAAUUGGAGCUUAAAAGUUCCUUUGAACCAAACAUGAUUUUCAAAGUUUUGGAGGCACAACGACACCAUGACAUGAAUUCCGUGUUCAAAGAACGAUCUCUCAUUGUUUCCAAUAUUGCUCAAGUAUUUGAACUCUCUGUGAAAUGUGCCAUGACGCCACGAACAAAGCAAGAAGUGUUAACCACACUCUUUGUUGCUAAACAAGAACGUGAACAAAGUAGCCCUCUUCAAUCAAGAAGUAGAUCGACCUCUGUGACAUUGACAAAAGUCGAUCGAAGACCAAAGAGAAAUAGUUUUGCAUUUACAAACCUUUCUGUUCCAUCAUUGAGGUCAGGCACCGAAAGUGUUUCUCCAAAAUCAGCAUUGUUGUCGAGAGAAAUGACACCACCAUCAUUAUUUGGUUCUAACAACUCUUCUCCAGUGCAUGGCUCUUCACAAGCAAGGUUGAGUAUUCCUAAUUUGAGUACUUUUACCAUUUCUCCACGUGAUAGUAGUGGUUCUGCAAGGAGUAGCAGUACAGGAACUGAAGAUGAUAUUUGGCUUGAACAUAUGAUUGAAGAUAUGAAAUUAUCCAUGCUCAAUGAGCAACAGAAAUUCUCUCUCAAAUACUAUUUGAACAUGUCAGGUAGUUAUUUCAUUAGUGAAGAACAACGUGACGAAUUUAUGAACUUGCUACCCAAAUGCAAAUUUACACAAUUUGAUUUUUCAGGAUGUUUGCAAUAUUUCAACUUCUUCAGUGUGGAUAAGGAAAUUUGUGAAAUGCUUGUACGAUUAUGUGAAAACAAACAUGCAUUGAGAGCAGACUUUAGUGGAUUCAACCUGAAACCCCAUAGUAAGGCAUUGGAGCAGUUUAUCGCAGCAACAAGUGUCAAAUACUUGGUCUUGAAGGACUGUGGUUUGGACGAGCAAGAGAAGGUCGCUCUGAAACAAUUCGCUAAGAAAUUUGACGUUUAUGUGGAUGUAUAA